AUGCCGUACGGAACCGAAGAAGGUGAGGGGGAGGAAGUUGGGUUUCCUAAUAUCACUCAUAAGAGAUUGGUGGUGGUGGGUUAUGCUCUUACGUCUAAGAAGACGAAGAGCUUUUUGCAGCCAAAGCUUGAAGGUUUAGCUAGAAACAAGGGGAUUUUAUUUGUUGCUAUCGAUCUUAACAGGCCCCUUUCGGAUCAAGGUCCUUUUGACAUUGUGCUGCAUAAGUUGUCAGGAAAAGAAUGGCGCCAGAUUCUUGAGGACUAUAGGCAAACACAUCCUGAAGUCACUGUUCUUGAUCCACCUGAUGCCAUACAACAUUUACACAAUCGUCAAUCCAUGCUCCAGGCUGUUGCUGAUAUGAACUUGUCUGAUUCCUAUGGCAAAGUUGGUGUUCCCAGACAGUUGGUUGUCAAAAGAGAUGCAUCGUCCAUACCUGAUGCUGUUGCAAAUAGUGGGCUGACACUACCCAUUGUUGCAAAGCCACUGGUCAAUGAUGGAAGUGCAAAGUCACAUGAAUUAUCACUUGCUUUUGAUCGAUACUCUCUCCAAAAGCUUGAACCUCCGCUUGUUCUUCAGGAGUUCGUAAACCAUGGAGGUGUUCUUUUUAAAGUCUAUAUUGUGGGUGAAGCUAUAAAAGUGGUCAGGCGUUUCUCUUUACCUGAUGUCAGUAAACGAGAGCUCUCCAAAACGGCUGGUGUAUAUCGUUUCCCCAGGGUUUCUUGUGCUGCAGCUUCUGCAGAUGAUGCAGAUCUGGACCCAGGCAUUGCUGAACUUCCUCCACGGCCGUUACUUGAGAGACUUGCCAAGGAACUUCGCCGUAGACUGGGUCUGCGACUGUUCAACUUGGAUAUGAUCAGAGAGCAUGGGACCAGAGAUCGGUUUUAUGUCAUUGACAUUAACUAUUUCCCUGGCAAGUGA